AUGAAAGUACUGAAGGAAAAAGAUGCUAGCGAUGUUGAGAUGCUCACCUAUGGUAUGACAAUGAUCAAUAAAACUUUGAAUGGAGUUGCAGAUCAGGAUACUUAUUACGAUAUUGUUGACGCAUUAGAAUCGCAAGGACUUGAAGAUGCUAUGAAAGAUAUGGUUCGACUUGGUCACAAAGAGCUUAGUGAUCAAUGCCGACUUUAUGAACGGGUUUUGAAGCAAGAAGAUGAAGCGGGCAGUAAUGAAGAAUCAAAUUUAGUUAAAAUGAGAAAUCGUGGUAGUACUCAAAAUCGCUUUGACAGCUAUCAAAAUGACCGAAGAGAGCAAAUGCGAAAGAGGCAUGAAGAGCAUUUGCAACAGCAACUUAAUCUUCAAAAGAAUCGGGUUUUCAACAAUGUUGAGAAGUUUGAAGCACCUCUGACAAAUGGUACUGCUGAAGCUGCAAAAAUUGUACCGCCGUGGAGAAGGAAAGCGUCAGAAGAAGCUGUAGCUCCAAUACAAGAGCCUGCAGCCCCACAAAAAGCAGCAGAACCCGUACCUAUCAACGCCACCAACGAGGAGAAAAAGCCUAUUUCCCUUACUGAUCAAAACGAGGAGGAGAAUAAUGAAAAUGUCGAACCUGAAAAGCCUGUUCGAGCUCCUCCACCGUCGUUUCCAUCAUUGUUUUCUCCAACUGAGAAAAAGACCAUGGAAAUUCCUGAAGUCAAACAGGCACCUAAAGAACCGGAGCCACCAAAACCUCAGCCUGCUACGGUAGAAGAAGACGAGGAAGAGUGUCCGAACAAUUUUGCUGCUCAGUUGAGACGUCGCGCAGCGAAGCACCAACAAAAUGCUGCGUCGUUUGAACCAAAGUUAAGUGAGGCGGAAACCCAGUGGAAGAAGGCUGCAGAAAGUUUCAAGUCGAAACCACUAAUUAUUAAUGAUUUGGACUUUUCGGAGUUUCACAAGGACGAGUUCGAACAGGAUCCUUUAGUAAUGGCUAGACUUGCUGUUAUAGCUCAAGAAAAGGGACUGCUUCCUGGCAGUUCCGGUGCUCCACCAAGACCUCCACCAGCGUUUCUUGGUGCUGUACCUCCAGCACCUCCUCCGUUACCUGGAAUGGUAGGUGGUGCUCCGCCUCCGCCGCCGUUGUUGAAUCCACAAGCGCAGAAUCAAAGAAGCGAUUCCAGUUUUGCUUCUUCAGCAAAAACGAGUACGCUGAAACUUCACUGGAAACCAGCGCAAGCUGAACCGCCGCCGGUACCCGUGCUCAAAAAUAAGGGAACAUUUUGGCAUAAAUUGGAUUUGCCUCCAAUAGAUACACGCAAACUUGCUCAACUUUUUGAACAAAAAACCAAAACUGCAGCUCCACAGAAACAAGGCAACGAACAUAAACCACAGGUGCUCCAAGUGCUUUCGUUGAAACGAUCUCAGGCUAUAAAUAUUGGGUUAACAAAACUACCACCUAUUAGUGUUAUUCCAGCAGCUAUCAUGAAGUUCGACUCUUUGGUUCUGAAUAAAGAAGGCAUAGAAAAAAUUUUGUCCACAAUGAUGCCUUCUCCGGCAGAAAUUGAAAUGAUUGAAACCAAGCAGAUGGAAAAUCCUGAAAUGCAAUUGGGUCAGGCAGAACAGUUCCUUUUAAAACUUUCGCAAAUUCCCUGUUUGCUUGAAAGGCUUCGAUUAUGGUCGUUCACACUGGACUAUAAGAACUGUGAAAAGGAUAUUGCUGAACCAUUAAUGGACCUUCAGCUGGCUAUGAAGGAAAUCGAGGAAUCGAAAACUUUUAGGACAGCCAUGGGAAUGUUGCUGACAAUCGGCAAUACUUUAAAUGGAACAGAAAUAAAGGGAUUUCAACUGGAUUAUCUUACUAAAGCAUCCGAAGUUAAAGAUCCUGUUUAUAAGCACACACUGACCUAUCAUUUAGCCGAAUAUAUGAUUGAGAACUUUCCUGAAGGGACAGAUUUGUAUUCGGAAUUCGGAGCCGUAGCUCGAACUGCUAGAGUGGACUACGAUGAAUUAGAAAAGAAUCUGAAGAAAUUAGAGCAAGAAUGUAAAGCUUCAUGGGACUACCUUGCAAAAAUCAGCAAAAAUGAUAGUUCAUCGUCAAUGAAGCAGAAGAUAAAUGACUAUCUUAACGACGUGGCACAAAGAAUUCACCAGCUGAAGACCAUUUAUAGGCUUGCUCUCAACAGGUGGCACGCAUUUCUGCUCUUCUUUGGCUAUAGCGUUAAUGAGGUACCUACUCUAAAGCCAAUGUCUGUUUGUAAAAUGGUUAUUGAAUUUGCUCUGGAGUAUCGAACUACUCGCGACAAAAUCUUGCAACAGAGAAAACGUUUGGCAGAUAAGAAGGAAAGAAAUAGAACAAGAGGAGUAAUCUGGGCACCACAGAAACAACAGCAACAAGACAGAAAUGCAGUUCCUACUCCGUAUAAUUCCCGGAGAGCUCAACCAGUCCAAAUGAAUGCUGCUGAGCAACAUGAAAAAAUGACCGAAAUUUUGACUGGAAAUGGUGAUGCGUGGAAAAGAACACGCGCUGCAAGGCCUAGUGGAGAUUCAACAACAAACAUUCUUGCGAACCGUCGUGAAAUGCUACGAUCAGUGGGCGCUGGAGAACCUAACAACCCGGGAGGUGAAUCACCAGAUGACGAGAUUUUAGAGGGCCUUGUAAAAGCAGCUACAGUUCAAAGUGCACCGAGAGAGACACGCCGACGAGCGAGACAAUUCAACCUGAGGCGAACGCGGACAUUAAAAUUGGCUGAUGACCAGAUGAAUACGAUGAUGAGUAAUGGCUAA